CGCCAUCAUGGCUGACGUCACCGGCCCCGCCCACCCGCGCGCGGCGGGGGCGUGGCUGUGUGGGCGUGGCCCGAUGGCGGGGGCGUGGCCGGGCGGCGCGCGGCGGCGGCAGCGCCAUGUCGAUGGAGGACCCCUUCUUCGUGGUGAAGGGGGAGGUGCAGAAAGCUGUGAACACUGCCCAGGGGCUCUUCCAGAGGUGGACAGAGCUCUUGCAAGAUCCCUCCAUCGCCACAAGAGAAGAAAUCGACUGGACCACCAAUGAGCUCAGGAACAACCUGCGGAGCAUCGAGUGGGACCUGGAGGACCUGGAUGAAACCAUUAGCAUCGUGGAGGCAAACCCGCGGAAAUUCAACCUCGAUGCCACGGAGCUGGGAAUCCGCAAAGCCUUCAUCACCAGCACGCGGCAGGUGGUCAGGGACAUGAAGGAUCAGAUGUCAAACUCAUCCAUGCAAGCACUGGCUGAAAGAAAAAACAGGCAGGCACUGCUGGGAGAGAGUGGGAGUCAGAGUUGGAGCUCUGGACAUGACAAGUACAGCCGUCUGGACCGGGAGCUGCAAUUAGCAAAUUCACAUUUCAUCGAGGAGCAGCAAGCUCAACAACAGCUGAUUGUGGAGCAGCAGGAUGAGCAGUUGGAGCUGGUCUCUGGCAGCAUCGGGGUGCUCAAGAACAUGUCCCAGCGCAUUGGCGGGGAGCUGGAAGAGCAAGCAGUGAUGCUGGAUGACUUCUCCCACGAGCUGGACAGCACUCAGUCGCGCCUUGACAACGUCAUGAAGAAGCUCGCCAAAGUGUCUCACAUGACGAGUGAUCGACGGCAGUGGUGUGCAAUUGUUGUCCUCUUCGUCAUCUUGCUAGUGGUGCUCAUCCUGUUUUUUGUCCUGUGAUGACAAAAACUGAACUUCCUGGGACGCCCCCUCCCCGCCCCCUCGCCCCGGCAGCGCGGGGAAAUGAAACACUCCCGAUUUCCGUCCGCCCACAGAGAUCCCGGCAGGAACCCCCGCACCCAGCUCUCACCAUCCUCCUCCAGGCCUGCGGCUCGGCGUCCCCCCGGCCCCGGGGAGAGGGGGCAGCGCUGGAGCUGCCUCUGCCCUGCUGCGCUGCAGUCUGGAUCCAUGGAGCUGGAGGGGACCUGAGCCCCGCGCUGCCGCCGCUGCAGGUAGGAGCCGUGAGAGAUGGACACAGCAGCGAGCCCUGGGGACGAUGGGACGGGGGAGGAGUUACUGAAUUCACCGCGCAUCUACUGGGAGCGGUGAAACCCCCCAAGCCGCAGCGAGGGAGGGGAGCCCUGGCCCUGCUCCCCGUGCCCCUCCCUGCCUCCUGUGGGCGGGCUCUGUAGCAGCAGUUCACUGCCGAGAGAGCACGGUGAGUCCUGCCAGAGCUUUCCUGCCCUCUCCCUGGGCAGAGGGCAGAGCUGUAGGGUCUCAUGUCCUGCCAUCGGCCACCCAGGCCCCCUCAGACACCCCAGAGCUUCAAACCUGGGGUGCUGCACUCCGAGCGCUGGCAAUCAGCUGUGAGCCAGAGAGGGAGAGUCCUGAAGCUUUUAAACUUGCCUCCCUCAUUAUACAGGCCUCUAAAGCUCCUUGACUGAUGCUUUCUUUGCCCUUGUAUAACUGAGUCUCUGCUUCUGUUUAACAGCUGCUUCUCUUUGGCAAGUGAUUUGCCAAGUCUAAAAUAACUUAUUUUUUUUAAGAAAAAAAAACUUUAAAGAUUUUUUUGAUGACCAUUAGAGCCACGUUCUCUCUGCGGGUGCACGACACACAUGACCAGAGGAACAGUGCUCACUGAUGUAUUUUAAGUGUACAUGAACUUGUAAAUAGGAUGUCUUAAUUUUUCCCAACCGCUAUUUUUUGGACGCCUCUGUUGUAAGCAACCAAAAGGCAGGAGAUUCGAAGCUAGGAUCAUGUUUCCAUAUUCCUUCCCAGUCCUUUUGUCACCUCCCAGUUGUUUGUCACUCCAGUUGUCUCAGCAGUGUUGGAUUCCCUGCAGGGAAUGUGGAGUAGCCAGGUGGGCAGUACCAAAAAUGUGGUGAAAAAAGCUCACCUGGGCAGAGGGACCGUGCUGCAAGCACCAAUUGUGGGAUGGGGGGUGACUCUUGAGGAAAGCAAAAACGGUUUCUUACUCCAGUCUGCUCCCAUAUUUUGAGUUGCAAACAUGAAAAGACUCAGCACAGCCUGGCUUAUGGCUCCCAGAUGGGGCUGGGGGAGGAAGUUAAUUGGCACUGACGCAAAGACUUCUGCUGAAAUUGCAAAUCACCCCCAAAAUCAUCCCCCCCGCCGCCGCCUUAGAAUCUUGCCACCGCACGGCUUUACCUCCGGAACUGAACACUCCUCCCCCCGCCGCCUUCGUGGCUCCCUCCGAGGUCUGCUGGGCCCCCUGUCCCUCCCGCAGGCACUGCCUGCACAGCCGGCGGCUCCGUGCCUUCCGCAGCCGGGCGGGGCCGGACGGAGCCUCCCGGACGGAGCCUCCCGGGAUGGAGCCUCCCCGGCCGGAGCCUCCCGGGAUGGAUCCCGGCUGCUCCUCAGUAACGCACACGUGGUGCCUCGGCGCCCACCCGCACUCACGAGUCCAGUGGCUCCCUAUCCUUGCAGAGCACCCCUGCAGGGCAUAGGUGGGGUCUGCUUUCCAGGGCUGGCUGUAGCAGUGUCCGUGCCACUCCGUGGGUCUGUAGCUCUCCAGGAGCAGUUCCCAGCAGCACGGGUCUGGGCAGGGAGCAGGGCUCACUGCUGGCUGCUGUUUGCACACCUCUGAUCCCCGUGUUAAUUCCAGCGUGUUUGUGCAUCCUUCGGGAAUGACUCCCAUGUAGGAGGGCUCCUUUGGUAGUCCAGGGGGUGGCCCAGUGCUGACAUCACCUCAAGCCACCCGAGUGUCUCUGGUCCCUUUCCUCGUGUACAUUUGCUUUUCUGUCGCUGGUGGUGCCCUUCCCUUUAACACUAAAUAAAGGUGCAGCAGCGUAGAUCUCCA